AGAAGCGCUGCCGUCGCUAAAAUUGGAUGCUGUUCUGCGAGUGACGCGCACCGUGGGUUUACGUCUACUACGAGAACUGAAAAAUGAAGAGCCGUGUUUACGUUCUGGAACAGCACCCGCAAUAACUGGGAGGGUAGCGGCAGCCUGCGGGAAUUCCAGUUGUGUUGCAGUUGUGUUGGUUGCGUAUCUGGCUUGUCGCUUGUUGGGCACCGUUGUCCGUCCGCAUCGUCGUCGUCGUUGUGCGGGCUUUUGUGGCCUAGGAAUCGGUUUCACGGUGGGCUCGAGCUCCACGCGAGCCUCGCACUUCGCCACGCGGCUCGCGGACCCCGCGCUUGGCGCCCGGGAUCCUUCCAUCAGCCGUCUCGGGAACGGCAGCGGCGGUCUAGCAGCCCCCCAAACGCACCCGUUUGGAGGAGAGCUAGCGCCGUAAACAAGAGGGCCGGCCGACCGGGGCUUCGUCGAUUGGAGUUGCGGCGCGGGUUCCAGCGCAAGGGGCUCGAAGAUGUGUGGGCUACUCGUACGAUGAAAGGGAAACGCUUCCACCUGAUAGUGCGGCUCAAGUCACUCUUCUGGCUGCCCGCGUAGCCCGUGCACGGCAUCCGCGGACUGCUAUGCCGGUUGAGCGCCGCACCACAGGGCAGCUUCAGGCAGCUGAGAACGCGACCAUCGCAGCGUUCUAGUCAGCAGCAGACGGCCGACCGAACGGGAACUCGCCGUCUUCUAGUUCCCAGCACGGGCGCCGUGGGCCGGCGAGGUUACCCCACCGGGGGGGCAGCAGCCAGCAUGCCCGUGCAGGCUCCGCCCCCUCACUCGUGGGGCAGUGUGCCUGCCACUGCAGCAUCCAAUGCCUGCUGUUGCUGCCGUGGCCGUGCGCCACAGCCUGAAGGGGGAUGCCACGCUCCUCAGUGUCGCGCCCACCACCUUCAACAGCAGCAGCAGCAGCAGCAGCAGCAGCAGCAUCAGCCACAGCAGAGGCGUCACUUACCCGAAAAUGGCGUUCCCCCGCUGCUCCAUCUUGUCUCUGCGCCCCCUCCUCCACCUGUGGCGUCAGCGGCGGCAGCUGGGGCUGCGGUGAUUCCAGCAGCUGCACCUGCUGUUGCCUCCGCAGUUCCUGAGGAGAGUGCCGAGCAAGUGGUCGCACGCUGUGUUCAUGAGAUGGCGCUGCUUCUCAGGCCUGCUGCCCAAGGUGGGUGCUGGCUGAGCCGGCCCUUGCAGCGCAAGCUGGUUUCUCUGGUGCACUGCCCCCUGUCCGAGCCAGAGGGGCGGGCCCGGGCAGCCCGCGCAGCACGCUCGCUGGGCGAGCGCUGUGCCCUCGAGCUUCUCCUCCAGCACCACCAGCACAACCAGGCGGGUGGCGGAGCAGGCGGAGGGGGCCAGCAGCUGAGCGCUGCCCUGUGGGCGGCCGUACGUGCCCGUGGCUGCCAGUUCCUGGGGCCCCACAUGCAGGAGGAAGUGUUGAGGCUGGUCCUCCUUGCCCUCGAGGAUGGGUCGCCCCUGUCGCGCAAGGUGUUGGUGCUGUUUGUGGUUCAGCGCCUGGCACCCCACUUCCCCCAGGCCUCAAAGACCAGCAUAGGCCAUGUGGUGCAGCUGCUCUAUAGGGCGUCCUGCUUCAAGGUGUCCAAGCGAGAGGGUGACUCAUCGCUGAUGCAGCUCAAGGAAGAGUUCUGCACAUAUGAGGCGCUGCGGAGGGAGCAUGACGCGCAGAUCGUCCAGAUUGCCAGCGAGGCAGGCCUGCGGAUCGCACCUGAGCAGUGGUCAUCACUUCUCUAUGGGGACGCGGCCCAUCGGUCACACAUGCAGUCGCUGGUGGACAAGCUGCAGAGUCCACAGUCCUUUGCCCAGAGCGUCCACGAGCUGUCGCUUGCGCUGCAGCGGACGGGUGACCCUGCGGGACUGGCUGCCCUGCGGCCACACUUUGAUCUCCUUGCCCAUUGGGAACCGCCGCCAGACGGUGGUGCACCGACGUGGGAGGAGCUGAGCCGGUGCGUGCUCGCGGCACGUGCCUGCCUCCAAGGGCUUGUGGCAUUCAUGGGGGCCUUUGGGGGGCGGCGAAUGAACGGAGGGGGCGGAGGAGCCCCAUCGUCCUCUUCGCCCGGGAGGGGCAGGGCUGAGACGGGAGGUGGCGCGGCUGGUGGGAGUCCCGGCCACAACCCUGGUGGGUCCCGCUACAAGACGAGCCUGUGCCGCGAUGUGGCUCAGCGUGGCUCGUGCCCCCGCGGGGCCCACUGCACCUUUGCUCACUCCCAGGAGGAGAUGGACAGCAGAAAACCACCUUAUGUCCGACAAAACCGGUACAGAAAAGUCUUCACCGCGAAAAAGCACAGUACUCCUGUGCAGAAUUUGCAGCCAACUGAAAGAAAACCGCCUCCCCGUUCUGACGACAGAUUCAGAAAGUACCGUGCAAGGCGGCCUCCAAGGACAUCUGUAGAUAUGCCCAAGCCCUCUGUCAGCAAUGACGGCAGGACUGCCAGUACUAGUGGCUACUGCUGUUCAUUGUACCGGUCACGUGAACCAGGCUGCAGCCCCGAUCACCGUCUGGCGUCCUGCCCACCGGUGCCGGUCAGUCUGUGCGAGUCGCCACCGCCUAUUUUGGCACCUCCUCCCUGUCGACGUGUGGAUCCUGUGGCUCCACCCAUCUCGGUCGGCCUCAAUCCUGAAAGUCCGGCCUUUCACCCGGAUGAGCCCUGGUGCAACCCCUCUCCACCAAGCCGGAUGGUGUUACAUCACAGCUUGGCACUUUCACAAUUAGAGGAUGAUGAUGACUGGGGCUCUAGCCAUGGGUCCUGUGACAGCUCUACCUCGAGUCAUCAUCCAACUCGACCUUGCCCAUCUGAGGAGGAUCCCCUGGUGCCCUUUGACCCUCCUUUAGUCUCCAAGUAUGGACCCAUCUCCCGCUGUGCGCGAACCCUUGUUAGAGGUCCUGCCCCCAUCCAGGUAACAUCCCGGCAGCCCCAGGAACUGACUAGUCCCACAGCUGCCUUGCGGCUGCCCCUGGCAUCCGCUGCGGCUGCCCCAUCAUUCUACGCACAGGCAGGUUUUGCCCUUCUCCCGAGUGACCUGGCAUGCGGGGCUCUGGCUGAUCCUCCGCCUCCGCUGCUGUUCCCUUUCAAGAGUGCACCCCCUUUCACCCCCUCUACGGGAGCCCUGCUGGCCGCUCCGCCGCCACUCGUCGCACCCCCGACUAAGGGAAGCGAGUCUUGGGCGGGACAGCCCCAGGUGCCGACGUCAGUGGGUCCCUGGCUCCUGAACCAGCUGGAAGAGUCGGCACAGUUUUGCUCCGACAACUGCUGGACCCACCAGGAACACUGAGAAGGGGACACACACUGGGCACAGGGCCCCAUCCACCGCAAGCAUUUGUAGACAUGGUGUGGACCCUGUCGUCGCCAUGUCAGAGCAGCAUCGACCCAGCCACACAGUCACUGCGCCAUACUUGCCCGGCCAUUGGAUGUUGAGGAAGCCAGCCAAAUUAUCGUUAUAUGGGAAGAGCAAAGAGCAGUCCCACGCUGCUGGAUGUCUCUGAGGUCAGGCCACACCUUCCAUUUCUGGAAAGGGCGACAUCGGGGCUGUGGCCCUACCACUUGGGAAGCUGCCCUCGCAACCUUCGAGUUUGCCGUUACAAUCGGCAAGGAAGAGGUGGACGAGGGCUCUUGGCGCGCAGCGUGCCAGGUCGUGUGUCCAGCAUGUCAAUGACCGAGACUACCACCGCUCAUUGACUUGGAAAUUUCCCGAGAAACCCCGGAAAUUUUUAUUUUGUGUGUAUGCUGUAGCACAUGCCUGGCUGGCCAAAAUACGCUCACUGCGCAGUGUUUUAGAAGCACAGUGGCGUGUGGGUGUCGCCGCAAAUUGAAACAGUGGUCCUAAAGAAUGUGUGGGAGGUCUGCGGGAAGUGGUGGAUUAUCGGUGUGUGUUGUAAUGCACCGCAUCUUACAGUUCCUUGCCAGACGUUGCAUGUGUGCUUUUAUAAGUGGGGCCAUCCUGGUGGUGGUCGCAAUACGACGUUUAAGGCCGAGGGACAUCUUGGGAUGUUGCUUAAAUUAAAUCUAUUAAGCAAGAAGUGUACUUCAAAUCAAGAAAAGAAGCACCUCUUUGCUGAGCACAAAUGUGGUAAUAGCUGGAAAUGGCCCUUUUCUCUGUGUUGUAUAUCCGAUUCACAAUCGUCAAAGUGUAGUAGUAGUUUCCUGGUCAUUGUUUUUUUUUCCUUUUUUUUACACUUUGCUUUCAGCUGCACCUCAAAAUCUAGUUCAUUACAUGCUUGCCACAUGUAUGAAUGAAUGUAUCAUGGUGUGAAUGUUGCUAGACUUUAUGAGGAAGCAUUAUUAUUGGCUGGUGAGGGGUGCACUGUAGUCUUCCACAAGAGAACUACCGCUUGUCACUCUUGAUUGCAGGCCCGUUUCUUUUUCCAGUGGGCUGCUCAACUUGUGAAGUUGAGGAUGAUGCUAAGAUAUUGCUGGACAGCCAUUACUGAACCCGGAAUUCCUUUUUCCUCGUGCAGUUUUGCUAAAGGCACACUUUUGCGAGUUUUUGGGAAACUGCUGCAUGAGCUGUGGCACUAAAGCUGAGAUUUCUUUGGUAGCAGGUGUUUGAACAGGGUUCAUGAAUACACCUUUAAUGCGAAGCAUACUUUGGCUUAUACCUGGUAGGCUGGUAGGUUCCUGUCUCGCAUCAUCAUGAAAAAAAAAUUGCUCAACAGCCUGAUGCUCUAACUGUUAGGCCACAAUCGCACACAUACUUCUCUCGUGCCAAUGGGAACUAGAUCUUUGAGACCAUUGGCAGUGUGUCGCAUCUCAUAGUAUGAGCUAUGUGAUUAGGUUGCAUGUGUGCACCUGUCAGUUUCAAUUUGGCCACAAACUUGCCACUUCUUUGCAUGCAUCGCGUCUCAUCGCUAAAGGAAAGCAGGAGCGUGUCAGUUUCUUAUAUUCCCUUGUUGCAGCCAGUGCUUUGAGAUGCUGGGUUAGACUGCACUGCCUUUGGGAUUGGCUCAUGUCCUAGUCCUUUCCUCUUGGCAGCUAAUGCUGCUGUGCUGUGAGUCAUUGUACUGCCUUUAGGACUGGCCAAAGUUGUAAUGAAACAAGUUGCAACAUUUCUUCGCUAGAGUACAAAAAAAAAAAAUUAUGCUGUCGCUGUCAUGCGAGCGUCAUCGCCAUCAUUGUAGUGUUGCUGCUGUCACCACACACGUGUUUGCAUCGCCCACAGCUUACACCUUGCACAAACUUGUUGGUCCAUCUGGUAAACUUUUCGUAACAUCGACUACCACAGUGUGUGGGUUCUACAUAAUCAUGUGCAUGUACCACCCGUACAUGCACACUAUACCGCAUACAUUGCAUGCCUUGACUAGCAUCCAUGGGUCGCAGCCAAAUAGAAGAAAGGUACACAAAGUUGCAUUAAAAAUCCGCGCACAAUUUUAGCACCAGAAUUGCUUUUCAAUUGCAGCUACAUAUACAGCAAGGUUGGAGCAAGUUUUGCACAGGGUACCAUGGUGUUUCAUUCCUGUUAGUGGCUUUCGUAACUGGAGUCUUGUGGUUCAGUAAUGGCUGCCCGCUGGGAGACGCUGGCUUUUUUGGCACUGAAGAAAAAGCGCGAUAACUACUGUGUAGUGCACUAUGUUUGGGGGACGUUGCAAUUAUUGGGAACACAUACUGUCCCAUUCAUGCUUGGUUAAGGUACGUGUGUAAGAGGCAAAAAUGAGUGCUUUCUACAUACGCACUAGUGCAUUUGCAUGCUGCGCUUGUCUGAAGCCAAAGGCUCCAUCAUUGCACUCCCACGAAAAUAUUGGAGCAUCUUUUGCAGGCACACUUUUACAGCAUCAAUCUGAAUGCAGUACGUGUGCUUCACGGUAGAGUUGGCACAGCUAGAUCUUUCUCGAGUAUUUGGAAAUUGCGGCGUUUGAGAAGUUGCAGAAGGACGUUUGGCACUUUCAGGUGGCAACCACAUUGGAAUGCAAGUUGUACCUGUAAGGCAACUUUUUCUCGUAUUGCAGGCCGCAGCCAUAGAAAUGUUACGCAGCUGCUUUUGUCAUUGUGGCUGACCACAUAAGGCUUUUCGCCUGAAACUGAGCAAGUUAUAAAUGUGAGGCUUUUCA